AUGAAUCAAUAUCAAACUCCACUAAAUUCUCAACAGUCAGGAUAUCAAAAUAAUCAAAGCAAUAAUACUACACAAACAAAUAGAAAUGCACAAUAUCUAAAUGAUUAUAGAUUCUUUUCAUUUGAAUCUACAGGACCAGAACAAAUACCUGUAAUGGAAUAUCAAACUCCAAAGAAAAUACAACCCUAUGUCCCUGUUAAAAUAAAUUCAUUUGGUCCAAAAACUAAUACAGAAAAUAAACCAACAAACGUUACUUUACCUAUUCAACAAAUACAUCAACCACAAAAACAAACAACAAACGACGUUCCUCUUAAUGAUAUUUUUACUGAUAAAAAUGGAAUACCAACAAUGCCAGAGUCUGAUGGCUGUGGGUUGUUUCAACCAGAAACAGAAAGAAAUAUCGAAAACAAAAUACAACCACCAUUACAACCAAAUCCAAAAGAACAAAUUAUUAAUUCUUCAAAUGAAAUAAAUGCAACUGAUGAUUUUCAAAUCGACUCGAUUCCAAUGAAUGAAGGUAAUGAAGAGGAAAUAACAACUGAAUAUGAUGAUAAAUAUGAAGAAAAAUUAAAAGAAUUUCAAUCUCAAGGUAUAAAUGAACCUAAAGAAGAAAUUAAAACAGUUAAACAAGAUGAAGUGAAUAAAGAAACUGUUACUCCACCAAUAUUACCAAAACCAGAAAAUAUGACACCACUCCAAAGAAAGAGAUGGGAAGAAGAAGAAAGAAAAAGAUUAUUUCAAAUAAAUCCAUAUUCACAACAAGGUCCAUCAACAAUACCUCUUAAAGGAAUUAUAAUAAAAGAAAAUUGUGACAUUAAAGUACCAAUUGUUCAUCGACAAGGGUUUGUAUUUGUUUAUUGUGUAAUAAUAUAUUAUUAA